AUGAGUGAACUGAGCGUAGAAGAGAAGAGAGACAGGUACAUGAAGUACUUGGUGCAACAGGUUAUGAGCCCUGCAGUCGUGAGUAGUAAACCUAUUCCCACUGUGCUUACCGGUUCUUUGAACUUCGAUCUAUGGUUCAGUCGAAUCUGUUCACUCGUUGACAUUACUAGCCUAGAAUGGGCUGAGUAUAUGGAGACUGGGCAAAUCUCUCAAACCAUAUUGGGAAGAAACCUAGGUCCCCGUCAUGUUAUGACGCUCCGCAAGACAUUUGAACAAGCGUUAUACUUGGUCAUCGAGACCUCAGUGAAUGAUGAGAUCAAAGUAAUUAUUGAAAAUUACUAUCUUAAUCAUCAAACUUCUACGUCGCUAGACGUGCUGAAGUAUCUCAAAUCGGAGUAUUCUGACUUGAAAGUGAGGGGCUAUGUAGAAACUGCCUCAAAUCUCAAACCAAUGAUGAAUAAUAGCUUGAAGGAACAAGCUGCUUGGUCAGUAAAGUUUUGUAACCAACUGGCCAGUUAUGGGCGCAUUGAUGACCCGAGGUCUUCUCCAGAGGAGAGAAUGGCGGCCUUGGUAUUAAUGGCGCUAAACCCGGACAAAAUCAAAUCGUGUAUGAGUUUUGUCGGGAAGCGUAAAUCGGUGUCCUUAAAGGAAGUUUACGAUUUACUCCAAGAUCUUGGAGAAGGGAAGGCGGAACAUGGCGAGGUAGCCAUGGCCGCUAAAGGGAGCACCUAUCACUCUCAGAUCAAGUGUUUCCACUGUGGUGAAAACCAUCCGAUUAGUAAGUGCGCAAAGUAUAAGCGGGACUAUCCGGAUGCUGAGAUUUUCAGAUCGCAUGGAAAAAGAGGUGGACCACAAAGCUUAUAUGCUACGCUAUACGCAUCAACACCGCUUUUCAAAGGGAACUGGGUUUUUGAUAGCGGUGGUUCGAUCCAUGUAUGCAAUGAUGCGAAAAUGUUUAGCGAGCUGAAGAUGUGUAAACGGGAGGAGUUGACUGGUACUGUGGGGAACGCCACCACCAAAGGAUUCGGAAAAGUUCAAACUAAUGGCUUCCUUUUGAACAAUGUGGCUUAUUUUCCUGAUGUGGGUUUCAAUUUGAUAUCCAUUUCAGCAGCAACGGCAACAUCAAAUGGUCGUUUUGUUUUUGGAAAGAAUUCCUUACAAAUGGUCAGCUCGGAUGGUACGAAGUCUAUGAUGGCUAAACAGAAAAAUGGGCUUUAUCUUUUAAAGACAUUGUUGAACCAGGUACUUUAUGUACCUGUCUCUCUUCUCUUCUACGCUCAGUUCACUCAUAUUUUCUCAAAUAAUCUGUUAUUCUUCUUACCUUCUACAUAA